AUGGACGUGGUGGGAGAAAAUGAGGCCUUGCAGCAGUUCUUUGAAGGUCAAGACAUUCAUGGAACCUUGGAGAAUCCCAUGGUGGAUACAACUAUGUUGGAAGAAUUCAUCAGCAGUGAUGUAGAGCUUGGAACUUCGCAAAGCCAGUUGCCAGACUCCCCACCAGAUUCUGGAUCGGAACCGUGUUCUCCACCGCAGCUCCAGAGACCAUGGUAUGACACAAUGUGGCCCAGUGGCCUGCAGCCUCCACUCCCGUGCCCACCUGCCAUGGGUCCCAGCAAGCUUCCCUGCAGGUUCCUGGAGACUUACUCUGACCCCAAUGCCAGUGGACAUCCCUCAAAUGUUAAGGACUGUGCUGCUGAAGUGCAAGAAUAUGACAGUGAUGGACAGAAUGGAGCUUUGGAAAAAUGCUGUCAAGCUUUAACGUGGCAACCAUAUCAAACUUCUCAGUGGAACAGCUUAUUUAACGCUAAUUAUGAAAAACUACCUGCUGUAGGGUAUCACAUUGUCACAGAUAAAGGAUUUAACUUUUCAACAACAGAUGAUGCCUUUGUGUGCCAGAAAAAGAAUCAUUUCCAAAUCACUGUCCAUAUUAAAAUCACUGGACACCCAAAAUAUGUCAAAACUCAGCUAGGGGGGCAACCAAUAGAAAAGUUUUACUUGAAGGCUUUUGGAAUAAAGGUAGAAGCCCCAAAUCAAACAAUUGCUAUUGAACAGUCUCAGUCAGAUCGAAGCAAAAAAACUUUCCACCCUGUUAAAGUUGAUCUGCCGGGGGACCAGAUAACUAAAGUAACACUGGGAAGACUGCACUUCAGUGAAACAACGGCAAAUAAUAUGAGAAAAAAGGGAAAACCUAAUCCUGACCAGAGAUACUUCAUGCUGGUAGUUGGACUGUAUGCUGUCUCUCAGGAUCAGCUCUACCUACUGUCUGCAAAUGUGUCUGAAAAGAUCAUUGUAAGGGCAUCUAACCCAGGGCAGUUUGAGAAUGACAGUGAUGUACUGUGGCAGCGAGGACACGUUCCAGAGACGACAGUCUAUCAUGGUCGAGUAGGAAUUAACACAGAUGCACCAGAUGAAGCACUGGUUGUCUGUGGAAAUGCAAAAGUUAUGGGCAGAGUCAUGCAUCCAUCUGACAGCCGAGCAAAACAGAAUAUCCGGGAGGUCGAUACAAAUGAGCAGUUGAGAAGAAUAACACAGAUGAGGCUGGUGGAGUAUGACUACAAGCCUGAAUUUGCAUCUGUUAUGGGAAUAAAAAAUACCCAUGAAACAGGAAUAAUAGCCCAGGAAGUGAAGGAGCUUUUACCUGAAGCUGUUAGAGAAGUUGGAGAUGUUUCUUGUGAUGAUGGAGAAAAAAUAGAAAACUUCCUGAUGGUUGACAAGGAUCAGAUCUUUAUGGAGAAUGUUGGUGCUGUAAAGCAGCUUUGUAAAUUAACCAACAAUCUUGAAGUCAGAAUAGAAGAAUUGGAACAGUGGAAUAAGAAACUGGCCAGGCUGAAACGGAUGAGCAGUUUAAAGUCAACAGGCAGUGAAGAGAGCAAAGUCAGCAAGUAUAGCCGAGCUACUAGUCUUUUGCCAUCAAAAAAAUCAGUCCCGCUAAAAUACAGCAAGGUUUGCUGGUCAAAGAGGAAAGAGUCUUGCUCCAUGAAGAUUUUCUGGAUGAUUGUAGUAGCAUUGAUUGCUAUUAUGGCACUAUGCGUUUUGACAAUAUCAACCCUGUAUUUACUUAGCAUUUACGACAGAGGCUUUGAAAAACAUCCAGUUUACAGGCAAGGACGUCACCAUAUUUGGACUCUCCCUGUAGCUAAAUUGUAUGACAGCGCGUACUACUUCCGUGUAGCUGUACCGGGUUUUGCAGUCUGCUCAACAGAGCCUUAUUUUGCUGGAAUGUUUUUUACCGAUUACUACUUCUAUUUUUAUCGACAGUGUAUCUAA